AUGGCAACAGACAAUGAAUCAAAUAUAUGCUCAAUUUGCAAUAACCCUCCAGCUAAAUUAUUUUGCACUGGAUGUAAAAAAUACUUUUGUCGAAAAGAUUUUAAAGAGCAUGAACAACAAUUAUCGAUUAGAUUUGAUGAUGAAAUACGCAGAUCUCAUGAUGAGCUUCGUGAUCUAAUACAGAAAUUGGAAAAAUCAAAUUAUUUAUCAUUGCCUGUUUUUGAUCAAAUUGAACAAUGGAAGCAAACAACAAUCAACAAAGUGGAAAAAGCAGCAGAAAAAGUUCGACAUGAGCUUAUUCAAUUAAUCGAAAACCAAAAAAUAACAAUAAUAGAACAACUUGAACCAAUUACUAAAGAAAUUCGUUCUCUUCAAGGAGAAGAAGAUAAUAUUGUUGAAACUGAUAUUGAUCGACUUCAAAAAAAAAUCAAUGAUAUGCGACAAAAACUUGAAGAAUUUACUCAAAAAGACACUAACAAAAACAUCAUUGUUAACGAUGAUCAAAUUGAUUGGAAUCGACUCAUUUACGUCAGACAAGAAGAACAACAAAGCUAUUCUGGUCAUUCAAGUUACUCUACUGCACCCACUGCUUCUGUAUCGACAAGUACCACCAUCCCAUAUAAAUCAUCAUCAAAACCCGAACCAGCACCAAAACCAGGUAUGCUCUUCUGA